UUAUACACACUCUCUAAAGUAGGCCUCAGCAAGCUUCACACACUCCUGUCACUUCCCUAAACUUCUGCAUGGCGAAACCACUAUAUCUAGAGGAAGAUUUCAAACCAAAAGUUCGUACCCAUGGAACAAAAAGUCUAUCUUUCUUUGCCUCUAUGUUCUCCCUUUUCAUCUACAUAUGUGUCUUUUAUACCUUCAACCUAUCUCCCUAUUCUCUCCUCAACAACAACAUCUUCUGGUUUUUCAUGUCCAACACCCUCAUUCUCAUCAUUGCUGCUGACUAUGGAGCAUUCUCUUCAUCCAAAAGAAACCAAGAUCUCUAUGAAAAGUAUGUGCAACACAGUCAAGCGCGAAACCAUGCCUCCUCAUGCGUACCCAAAUAUGAUCAACAAGUUCAUAAACAAUGCAUUAACCCCAAACAAGAAACUGUCUCUGAUCAAAAUAUCCCAGAACGUGUACUUGAAAUUGUGGCGAUAAAUCAGCCUAAAAAAUCUAUUGAGUUCUCCCGUGAGAAAAGGUCUGCACUUCAUUAUUUGCAUGAGGGUAAUGAAAAGAUUGAGGAGAAAGCAAUUCCUGCAAAAAUUUACCGGCGAAGUAAGUCUGAUAGAUCCAACCGAGUCAGGCACGUAGUGAAUGAGGAGAGAGAGAAGAUGGUGCAAAGAUCAGAGACUGUGAAGGCAAAAGCAAACGUUGAAGAAGAAAAUGAGUUUUCUAAGAUGUCAAAUGAGGAUCUGAAUAGGAGGAUAGAGGAGUUUAUUCAUAAAUUUAAAUCUCAGACAACUAGCAAAGUCUGUCAAAUUCAGAAUCUGUAGACUAUGUUCCAAAAAAUUUUGCGUUGUACCUUCUGUAGCUGUCUUAAAUGCUGUCUUAUGGCAUAGACCUCUUUCAAAUGUUGAGUUUCGUUUUCUGUUUGUGAAACAAUCUUGAAUAUUUUGUGUUGUCCAUUUAGU